AUGCCACUAGAUAUAGCGGCCAGAUGCGAAUUAAAUAAGCAGUCCCCAACAAGCAGACCUGGCUCCGCACAUAUUGGCUUGUCUUUCCUGCGGAUCCAGCCAGUAAGAUCGAGAGGUUGGCGUGGUUCUUGGGCAGCCCCGCGUCAACAAACUGCAUCCCUGGCGAUGCAGCGCCUGUGGAGUGGAAACUUCAGUCACGUUAACUUAGCUGCGUGGAAAACAACCCCGGGAGUGGCAGUUACUGGUUAUAAGCUCGUACGUAUAGGCGUAAGUACGAGCGCCAGGGGUCACUCCUGA